GCAGCGGGACGCGAGCGCGCGACCUGGCGUCCCCGCCUCCGCGCUCGUGGCCCGGAUCCGCGGGGCCGCCUCCUCCGCGCUCCCCGGCGCCGCUGGGCUCCCGGGCGGGCGGCAGGUGCAGCGCGGCCGGGCGGCCGGCCAGGCGGGCGCCGCGGCGGCGGGUGGAUGAGAGUUGGCCCCGAUCUCCGCUCAGGGGAGUCUGACCACAAUGUCAAGGUGAAGCAGAGGGGCUCCGUCCUGAACAUGCUGAGGAGGCUGGACAGGAUCAGGUUCAGAGGUCACAAGAGAGACGACUUCCUCGACCUGGCAGAGUCUCCCAACGCCUCGGACACCGAGUGUGGGGAUGACGUCCCCCUGAAGGCGCCUCGGGCCUCGCCCCGGGACAGCGAGGAGCUGAGGGACCCUGCCGGCCCGGGAACCCUCAUCAUGGCUGCAGGCGUCCAGGACUUUAACCGGACGGAGUUCGAUCGACUGAAUGAGAUCAAAGGUCACCUGGAAAUCGCCUUACUGGAGAAACACUUCUUACAGGAGGAGCUUCGGAAGCUGCGAGAGGAAACCAACGCAGAGACGCUGCGGCAGGAGCUGGACCGGGAGCGGCAGCGGCGGAUGGAGCUGGAGCAGAAGGUCCAGGAAGUGCUGAAAGUCAGAACCGAGGAGCAGACAGCCCCGCAGCCUCCGAAAAGCCAGGCCCAGCCCAGUAACGGUGCAGACCGGCGCGGCCAGGGGCUGUGCCCCCGUGUGCAGAAGUGGCUGUACGAGAAGUUCGGGGAGUACGUGGAGGACUUCCGGUUCCAGCCGGAGGAGAGCGCCGUGGAGACGGAGGAGCCCCUCAGCGCCCGCAGGUUAACCGAGAACAUGCGGCGACUAAAGCGCGGUGCCAGGCCUGUUACCAGCUUCGUGAAGAACCUCUCCGCCUUAUCCGACUGGUACUCCGUCUACACGUCUGCCAUUGCCUUCACUGUCUACAUGAACGCCAUCUGGUAUGGCUGGGCCGUGCCCAUGUUCCUGUUUCUGGCCAUUUUGAGGUUGUCCCUCAACUACCUCAUAGCCAGGGGCUGGAGGAUACAGUGGAGCAUUGUGCCGGAAGUGUCCGAAGUGGUGGAGCCUCCGAAGGAGGACCUGACCGUGUCCGAGAAGUUCCAGCUGGUGCUGGACGUCGCCCAGAGAGCGCAGAACCUCUUUGGCAAGAUGGCCGACAUCCUGGAAAAGAUCAAGAACCUGUUCAUGUGGGUGCAGCCGGAGAUCACGCAGAAGCUGUACAUCGCGCUGUGGGCCGCCUUCCUGGCUUCCUGCUUCUUCCCCUACCGCCUGCUGGGGCUCGCCAUGGGACUCUAUGCUGGAAUCAAGUUUUUCCUCAUCGACUUUAUCUUCAAACGCUGCCCAAGGCUUCGAGCCAAGUACGACACCCCCUACAUCGUCUGGAGGAGCCUGCCCACCGACCCCCAGCUCAAAGAGCGCUCCAGCACCGCUGCCAUGCCCCGCAGGCUGCAGACGACCGCCUCUCGGAGCUACGUGUCCAGUGCUCCCGCCGGCCUGAGCAAGGACGAAGAUGCCGGCCGCUUCCACGGCACCAAGAAGGGCAGUUUCCAUGAGAUCUUCAACUUGACAGAGAACGAGCGACCGCUGGCAGUGUGUGAGAACGGCUGGCGCUGCUGCCUGAUCAACCGGGACCGGAAGAUGCCCACGGACUACAUCCGCAAUGGCGUGCUGUACGUGACGGAGAAUUAUCUGUGCUUUGAGAGUUCCAAGUCCGGCUCCUCCAAGAGGAACAAAGUCAUCCGGCUGGCGGACAUCACGGACAUCCAGAAGUACAAGGUCCUCUCUGUCCUCCCGGGGUCCGGCAUGGGGAUUGCCGUGUCGACGCCUUCGACCCAGAAACCGCUGGUGUUCGGCGCCAUGGUGCACAGAGACGAGGCCUUUGAGACCAUCUUCAACCAGUACGCGAAAAUCACGGCGGCAGUGGCGGUGGCCGGUGGCGACAGCUAGGGCCAUCUCUCCGGGGACGCUACAGGGUCUCAGCUGUUCGGUGGCGGGAAGAAGCCAGAUGUCCUGGCAGCCUUUGCGCUAAUGCCCCUCGACCUGAGGUUCUGUGGGGCUGACCCGCAACGUGUCCGGCCCCUCGUGCAGGGUGGGGCCGCGCGGUGGGCGAGGCACGUCCCAGACUGUGGACACGGGGCAGAGGGCACGUCCUCCAGGCCACCAGAGAGGAUGACACGCAGGAUGCGCACCGUCCCAGCCCUCACUGAGCACAGCUGCUGCUCCUGUCCCCGGCCGCUCCUCGGCACCAAAGCCAUAGCUGAAGGGCGUCGCUGAUGCAGGACGGCAGCCCCGUGACCCGGCCCUGUCACCACCCUCCGUCAGCGGGAUGCCGGCCGCGUGUCCUCCCAGUGCUGUCUGGCCGGGGCCCUGCCCAGCCUUGGGGGGGCCCUUGCGCCUCAGGCCGGGGUUGGGCCCACCAUCCACCUGGGCCACCUGCUGUCUGGGCCUGAUGAGCCGGUGCGGGCGCCCGUCACUGGCCUCUGAUUUCAGGUGCAGACUGGCGCAUGGCCGGAGCAGUUUUUCACGCUUUGCUCUCUGGAAAGGCUCGGGAUCGAGUCUGCCCAGGUAUUGGUGGCUCCCGGUGACAGUCGCUGCGGUGAGGCCACCACUGGCCUCGGGGCUCAGCCACCAGUGUUGGUGAGGGGCUCCAGGGCUGGGCAUGGGGAGGUGCAGGGGUGUCCUAGGCCCCUGGUGGUCCCUGCUGCUCAGGCCACUUGGGAGGACCCUGUGGGGCAUGACCGUGAGCCAGGCAUAGAGCUUUGUGUCGGCAGCCAGGCCCCAGCGUUGGGCAGUGUCCCCGCCGUGUCCCCCGCCCACACGCCUGUGGGCAGGACCAGCUUCGCCCCUCAGGUCCCCAGUUCCCCCUGCCCCCUCUGCCCAGGAAGCCACUCUGAUGGAGGUGCCCAGGCUCGGUCCCUUCCGGGACGGGCCUGAAAGCCAGCUCUGUGGUGCAACAGGCCCGUGGCCGAGGCAGAAACGCGGGUGGGUCGCCGAGCUCCCCAUCACGGACCUCGCCGGCCCCUCGGCUCAUCCUGAGUUCUCGGGGGGUCACUGAGGUGGUGGUUUUUUGAAGAAACAGAUUAUAUUUUUUACAGAGAGCGAGCUGUUUUUCUUAUUUUUGUAUCAUUUUUCACGUGUAAUUUUUAUCUUUGCUCCAGUCCCUGCGUGCUGGUUUUGGGGAGAGUGGGGGCGGGGAGGCUGCAGGACCACAUGCGGGGUCCGGGGAGCCACGCCCCCCAGCACACGCCCCGCCCAGUCGGUGAGGUCUGAGGGGACCACAGCGCCCGCAGCUCUCGGGCACCCUGGCCCGGUGGUCGGGGCUCUGUAGGUCCGAAAUGAAGGCAGAGCCCACUCUCGCCCUUGGCUGUGGCUCCCACGUCCAUGCAGGUGGGCCAGCUCUCGGGGGUCCCGCAGAGGCCUCGAUGCACCCAGGGGACCAACCCCAGAGGGAACUCCCGUUCGUGUCCAAGGCAUAGUGGGCCCUGAACUGCCCCCAGGCACGGGCUGUAGGCAGGACCAGCUGCCACGGGGCCCACGUGUGUCAGCAAAGCUGGGGUUCUGUCCCAAGCCCCAGGGGUGGCCUGUGGGUCACAGGACUCGUCGGCUUCAGUAGAGUGAGUGGUCCAGUUGGAGCCCCUUCCAAGAGGAAGGGAGAUGAAGACUCACCACACGACAGCUUGCUGCCAAAGGGCGCAGGGUGGGGGGCGUGGGAAGGGGUCCCCACAUUGCACACUGGGUCAGCGGCAGGAGGGGCCUGGCCCCCGCUGGAGAGAACCUGUCCCUCUACUGAACUGUGUAAACUGUGGGCAGAUAUUUAAUUUCUGUGACUAACCACUGAACUAGAAUGAAUGUUAAAUUUUCACGUCUGAGGCCUGUCUGCUUUGGUCUGCAAAUCGUCAUCACAGUGCGGCCCCAGGCGGCAGUGGGGCCGUGCGGAGUGAAGAGCAGAUGAAAGCCCCCUGUAACACUUUUUAAAGAAAACCUUGUUUGUUUAAAGAAAAAGUCUUGUAUAAAUUAUAAUUUUUAUUUAAGUAAA